AUGGCAGAUGUAAAGUCUCUGGAACAUCCUACAUUAAAAGUUCCUUACGAAAUUCUCAACAAGAAAUUUAGAACAGCUCAGAAGGCAAUAGACAGAGAGGUGUCACACGUUCAACAACAAGCAACGCUUAUAGAGGAAACUCUAGAAUCAGAUGUAAAAGCAAAAGAUAUUUCUAGUCUCUUGGGAGGAAUGGUUGAAAAGCUUCAAGUUUUGAAAAGAAAAGCUGAAGAGAGUAUAGCCGAGGAGUUGGUGGCCUCUCAUGUUUGUAAAAGAAGAUUGGAACAUCUAAAAGAACACAACACUUUCAGUCCUUCUGGUGGGCUUUCACAGGCUGCUCUUAACCAAUGGCGGCGUAAACGUUUAGAUAGAAUGGUAGUGGAAUAUUUCUUAAGAAACGGAUAUUACAAUGCUGCAAUUACUCUUGCUGAUAGAUCUGAUAUUAAGGAUUUAACGAAUAUUGAUAUAUUUUUGACUUCUAGAGAAGUAGAAAAAUCUCUAGCAAACAAAGAAACCAAUAAGUGUCUAUCUUGGUGUCAUGACAACAAAUCAAAAUUAAGAAAACUAAAAUCGAACAUGGAAUUUAAUUUACGUGUACAAGAAUUUGUCGAAUUGAUUCGUUCCGAUAGAAGAAUCGAUGCUGUUAAACACGCCAGAAAGCAUUUUCCCAGCUUUGAGGAAGAACAUAUCUCUACAAUAAAACAAGUAAUGGCAUUACUUGCAUUUCCAGUUAAGACAGAUAUUGCCCCGUAUAGAGCAUUGUUUGAUGAAAAAAGGUGGGACAUCCUCAUCGAACAAUUCCGACAAGAAAACUACCGAUUAUUCCAGCUUGCAUCACAAUCCGUAUUUACUGUUGCUCUCCAAGCAGGGUUAUCAGCACUUAAGACACCUCAGUGUUAUUCAGAAACUGGAGGAAAUAGGAAUCCAACUUGUCCCGUAUGUCAGCCAUAUCUUAACGAACUCGCUGACUCUCUACCAUUUGCUCAUUGCUCACAAAGUCGUCUAUAUUGCCAUAUUAGCGGAUUACCCAUGAACGAAAACAAUCAACCUAUGAUGUUACCUAAUGGACACAUAUAUGGAGAACAG